AAUAGGCUUACUGUCGUUGCAUUAAUCAAUACUGAAUUUAGUGUUAGAACUUGUGAGUUGUGACUUACCGUAAACGAAAAUAUUAGAGAACGAUACUAAUAGUUACGUUUUUUCCGAAUUAGUUGGAGUACUAUCUUAAAGCAAGCUUUUAUUUUUUGUGGAUACUUAUCUAAUCUAAAAGACUAAACGAUUAUUUAUUAUGGAAAUCAAAAACAUUAUCGAUUCGAUGUCCAAAAUUGCCAUAACAGAUUGUUCUGAUGAUGAUACAUUUUAUGACAUAACUUCUGAAAAGAUUUUGGGUAUUAAUCUAUCUGGCCAUGAAUACAAAAAUCAAAGUCUCAGUAUUUUCAGAUUUCUUAAAGUAAAGAAGACAAUUGAACAAUUGUCUUGCUUAAAAGAAUGUCUAUUAAAGCAAUCUGAUGAUUCUACUGAUAUCAUUUUAAGUGCCGUUCAUUGUGCUGCAGUAUCAAAGUGCUUAAAUUAUGUUGUCACUUAUGGAUUUAUUCCAUGUUUUAUACCGAAAUUAUGGAAAUCAUUUGAGAGAAACGAAAAACACGUCCGAAUCUCCGAAAAUGUUUCAUCUGAUACAGCAUAUAAAGAACUAAAGUUUUAUGUGAAUUCAUUAUUUGAUCUGAUAGAAGAGCCUACAUUAAAAAGACUCAUAUUAGUGAAACAUACAAAUGUUUUACUUGCAGGAUUAUGUCAAUUAUCUUUGCUACCUAUUGCAAAACCUGGUACAGAAAUUGCAGCUGGAAGUUCUAUAGAUGAAUUAAAAUAUGAGCAAUUGAUAAAUGAACAGAAUAAAUUUAAAAACAUUCUCAAAGAUCUCAUUUUAAUAAAAAGAGAUCUUAUAUUUAUUCGAGAAAUAAUUUUUGUUCUUGGUUAUAAGUAUUGCCAAAAACAUAUAAAGGCUGGUCUUUCAAAAUUAUGUUCAGAUUUAUUGAUAGAGUCUCAUGGAAUUCAAACGUUUUUGAGAGUGGCAUGUGAUUUAAUUUCUGAAACUUCACACGACUUUAAUCAUCAUGGUUUGCUACAAUGGUCAGAUUUAAUCCAUAGUCAGUACUUAAAAUCAAAAACCAAGUAUUGCGAUUAUAUUGUACCUCAGAUAUGGGAGUUAUUAAGAUCCAAUACAAGUUUCAAUCAACGUCAAGUUCAUAGCGUUGCUAUUUUUUGCAUUCAUUUAAUGUCGGAAACAAAUUACUAUGAUUUUCUAGCCUUUUAUAUAUACCCAGUUGAAGAGGAGUUAAUGAAAAUAAGUAAAAUUAAAAAUGUGUCAAGAUGUAUUGAAGAUUUCCAUUCUCUUUUUUAUUUAUUCAAGGAUGAAUUUUGGUCUUUAAAUCCAAUGUUAAUGACACGUGUUGCUCCUAUUAUAUAUAAUCUGUAUACAGCUACUGCUAAUGGUGUAUACUAUUUGAAAUCUAAACUAGAAGAUUUAGUUUUCUUAAUAUUAAAUUAUUCUUCUAAAAGUAAAGAUCAUUUAAAACUGGUAAUAUUUUCUCACUACCAAAUUUCUGUAAAAUAUGAUGACGAUGGUGGAAAUAUACAAAUAAAAUGUGUUGAAAAAAAACACAAGUUAUAUUUAGAAAGUCAAGUUGAUUUGAUUUUAAAUUUAAUUGACAAGCGUGCAAACUCAGAAUUGAUGAAAAAUAUGUUUUUGAUUUUAAUUGAUAUGUAUACAGACGUAUCAUCAAUGGAAUAUUCUGUUAUGGAAAAACUAUUCAUUGUUAAAGCUAUUCAUCAUUUAAUUGAAAAAGAUGAUGUACAAAAAUUAAUAUCUUCUGAUCCAGAAAUAGUUUUAGAAUUCAUUAAGUCAAUAUUAAAAGCUGUAAGUGAAAACAAUGUAAUUGAUGACCAAGUUCUUUCAAUUGCAUUGAUGUUACUUGGAUGUGUAAUAGAAAAUGCCAAUACAAACUGUAAAUUUGGCCGUAUCACGGAUUACCUUACAACAAUUUCUAGGAAUGUACAGAAUGCCAUUUUUAAAGAUCUAAUUCUAGAAAUUCUAGAGAAAAUUAAACAAGUUCACAAUAAUUGUAAAAGUAAGCAAUUGGGUUUUCUACGUACAAUUGAUGAUGUGUUAUUUGAUGCUAGGGACGAAGUAUUACCCUACAGAGCUCAUGCAUUAAUUGAAUUAAAAGGAAUGAUUGAAUCUGGAGAUAAAAUGAUUCCUGCAAAGAAAACGGCAAUAUUAAUCACGAUUCAGGAAAAUUUGAAAAAUAUUGAUUCAUAUUUGUAUUUAAGUGCCAUAUUUGCUUUGUCUUCUUUGUGUUCGUAUUUUCCAAAUGACAUUCUUCCUAUACUUUGUGAAGAGUACAGUAUGCCAUUAAAUUACCACCAUUCACCAGAAACUAGAUUAAAAAUUGGCGAAGCCUUAAUGAAAACUAUAAAAUUAUUAAAUGAGACCAUUCCUGUGUAUAAAAACCGAUUACUGAACGCUUUUAUGGCUGGAGUCAGAGACAAUGACCAUUUAGUGAGAGCGUCAAGUCUUUCGAAUUUGGCUGAAGUAUGUCGACUCUUGCGUUACAAUCUCGGAUCAAUUGUUGUAGAAAUUAUUAACUGUGUGGAUUAUGUACUGCGAUAUGAUCCAGAAACUGAACCUCGUAGAGCAGCUGUUUUAUUAUUACAAAUGAUUAUUCAAGGAGGAGAUUCAGAACUACUCGAAAUUUUGAAAGGCCAUAUAAGAGAUAUUUAUCAUAUGCUUAAGUUCCGAUAUCACUGCGACAAAGAUGAAAUUACCAAACUACACGCUCAGGUGGCAUUGGAGAGAUUGAAUGAUAUAAUGAAAUCGUUAUUUUUGGAACCAAAACAAAUAAUAUAAUUCAUUUUUACAUUUAAUAAUAUAUAAUCUUAGAUUUAAAUUUAUUUAUAUUUAAUACUUAUAUAUAGUUUUAAGAUUAACACUGCAUUAUUUGGCUUAAGAAAUUUUUUUAUUUGCAAUUCACAACUAUAAAA